GGGAGGCCUGGAUGUUAGAAUGUGGGAGGCGCGGCCGGGUUGCUACAGCCUGAGCUGGGCGGCGGCGGGUGCUGCCUGCGGAGCCUGGGGCGGCGAGCCAUGGACGGGCUGGAAGAAAAUGGAAGUGUUGUCCAAGUUGGAGAAUUGUUGCCCUGCAAGAUUUGUGGAAGAACAUUCUUUCCAUUAGCAUUGAAAAAACAUGGACCCAUUUGCCAGAAAACGGCCACUAAAAAGCGGAAGACUUUUGAUUCCAGCCGGCAGAGAGCUGAAGGGACUGACAUUCCCACAGUGAAGCCUCUCAAACCCAGGCCAGAACCACCAAAGAAGCCAUCUAACUGGAGAAGAAAGCAUGAGGAAUUCAUCGCCACCAUAAGAGCAGCAAAAGGCCUCGAUCAGGCUCUCAAAGAGGGUGGCAAACUUCCUCCUCCUCCUCCACCUUCUUAUGACCCUGAUUACAUUCAGUGUCCAUACUGCCAGAGGAGAUUCAAUGAAAAUGCAGCCGACAGACAUAUAAAUUUUUGUAAAGAACAAGCAGCACGAAUUAGUAACAAGGGCAAAUUUUCUACUGAUUCCAAAGGAAAACCAGCUUCUCGGACACAGUAUAAGCCAUCUCCGCUUAAAAAAUCCAAUCCUCCUGGAAGCACAUCAUCAGGAUCUUCCCGGCUACCACAACCAAGUACUACUAGCAAAACAGUUGUAGGUGUGCCUGCGGGUAAAGCGUCUUCAGUUAACAGUCCUUUGGGAAACAAGCCUCAGACCUUAUCUCCUUCUCAUAGAACAAUAGCAGCCCCUCAGGCAGGAGCUAACACGAAGUCUCGAAAUACCACACCUCCUAGUUUGGCAAGAAAUUCUGUGGCAGGCGGGCUUGCCAACAAAAGGAAGACCUUUACCGAGAGCUAUAGCUAUGCAGCCAGGCCAGAUGGAGACUAUACAUCUUCAGUUAAUGGUGGAAACGUGAAAGGCAUCGAGGGAAAUUCAUCGGGACACUUACCAAAAUUCUGCCAUGAGUGUGGGACAAAGUACCCUGUGGAGUGGGCAAAGUUCUGCUGUGAAUGUGGCAUUCGGAGAAUGAUUCUGUGAACAGAAUCAAACACUAAGGGUCCAGGUUCAGAAUUUAAUGACUAUUGCUGCUUUGACACCCAAGGCACUUCUUAUAGUUAUGCGUGCUAAAGCUAUUCACAGUGCCCUUUCCCUUAGUCUUUGAACAUAAUCCUUUGGCUGUAUAAUGUGUUUAUGUAUGUAUAUAUAUAUUCUGUAUAUAAUAAAUUUCAUUCCUUCAGCCUGUAUCAUUCAAGGAAAUACUUAAGUUGUUAUGAGAUCACUGUCUUUGGUAUUGCUCUUUGGCUGUUUAAAUACAUUAGUAUACUUGCACAAGCACCCCACUGUAGUGAUGAGCCCUGCGAGCCUUAGGACAAUCACUGCUGAACAAGAAAUCCGAGGAGGUGCUGUCACUGGUGCCUGUCACAAACAGUGUCAGAGGAGAAUGAGAUACUGGAGGAUGUUACUGGGGAGAAUGAUAUUUAUUCAUUAUCAGUGGAGGUGAGGUUGUUUUCCUAGCUGAGCUCUUCAGCAACUACUGUUCAAUUCCU